CAAAACUCUUCGAACGCCAUCAUAUUGAGAACGCGUCAAAAAAUGUAAAAUUUUCCUGUGAAAAUUCGUGAUUUUCGACGUUAAUUGCACACGCCGUGAAAUCGUAGUGAUCGCAAGCGGUUGCGUGCGUGCAAGUGGUGUGGAUUGUGGUGGAAAUUGGUGAGGAUUGCGCGGGAGACAAGUGCGGAAAAGUGACAUUGGGGAGGGAAAGAAUGUAAAUGUCAGAAUCCUUUUUUUCCUGGAUUUUUCCAAGUGUUUUUCCCAAGUUUUCACGGUGAAUUAGCAGGAAAAUGUGUGAACAAACAAAGGCAUAUGACGAUGGGGAUAUUGUGUGGGUGAAAUUGAGCAAUUGCUGGUGGCCGGGAGAAGUUUGCGAGGAGGCCCGUCUUCCCGCUGAUUUGGUAGCCUCCCUCAAGAAGCCACUUGCUGUUGUAAAAUUCUUCCAGGAAGAUUCCUAUGAAUACGUGAAGAAUAUAAAUAACAUCUUCAAGUAUCAAUGUAGUCGCAAAAUGGAAUUUAUCCGGAAAGGAUUGGAACUUCACAAAACGAAGCGCAAGUACAUGGAAAAGUUCCCUGCAGACGUGGGGACGGCUGAAAAGUUAACGGGAGGUGAUGUGGACAUUGUUAAGACGAUGCAAAUGUCUCCGCAGAAGAGUAGUCCAUCCGUGUGGUCGGAUGUUUUUGCAGAUACAAAGGCAAAAAAGGGGAAGAAGACACCAACAAUACUGAGCCCCCUGAAGAAGGGACGACGAUCACUGAAAUCCCCACGGAAGACUACACCGCCGCUGACAAAAACCUUCCUCGGGAAGGCACGAGAGCACGAAGUUCGCUUCCUCGGUGGGUCAUCCACAUCAACGAGGACAAGUACAGACAGCUCAUCAGGACUCUACAAAUGCCACGCGUGUCCCUUUUCCUGCAAUCGCAUUAAUGUCAUUGUUUUACAUUCAAAAACUCACACAACUGAGGCAGGAAGUUGCCAAACAAAACAACCAACAACAACAACAACAACACCCAAGUCAAAAACCCCUAAACGUGCCACACCGAAAAUUCCCACUGCCUCCCCGGAAAUCCCAUCGGAAGAUGAAACCCCUAAAGUGGUGCAAAGGAAGCCCCGGACACGGACUCCAGUUGUGAGAGCACCACCAAAGAAACGAGGGAAGCGCAAACUCUCCGAAACGGUGGAUGAGAGCCCCGCAGAGGUGGUGCAGGAAGUGGAGAAGCCAGAGGUGAAAAUAUCCCCGGAAGUGAAGCAACCGGUGAAGAAGAGAAAGACAGAUUUGGAGUGGAAGAAUGAAUUAUUAGCUGAUUGGAGUGAAGAUGAGGAGCCGGGAGAGUCAUCGGAGAGUAAUCUUUCGCAGGAGAAGGAUCAAAAAGAAGAAUCCCCGGAGAAGGUUCAACCCCCGGCGGCGGAAGCAGUUGUUGCAAAGAAGGUGCCUGUUGUGGAGGAGAAGAAGGAAGAAGUCAAGUCCACACCCAUUAAGUAUCGGAAUAUCCCGAAGAAAGAUCGAAGGGAUAUUGUUUUGGAGUCCGGAGAACUCUUGGAGGUUAAUCGACCGACUAUUUCGGCUGUUUCAGCCCCAAUUCCGGACACAGUGCCUCAGAAGGUGCCAGUUGAUGCUGGUAAAGUUGAAAUGCCAUCUCCUGCUGCUCCUCCCGUAGAACCAAGCAUUGAGAUGCCCACAAGACGUUCAUCGCGACGAAAGGCAAAGGUAUCCACGUCUGAGGAUGAAGAUUCGUGGAAAGGAGGACGUCCAUCGUCGCCCAAGAAAUCCACAGAGAAGCAAACAAAAGAGAAUCCCCAAAGGGAAAGUCCCAAAAAGGAGAUUCCGGAAGCAAAAGCAACAGAUGGGGAUUCCGCAGCAGCAGCAGCAGUGAUCGAUAGCCCGCCAAAGACAAUCUCAUGCUUUGAUUUCCAAGAGGAUGAAGAAGACGUUGUGCUGGAUUCAAUAACAAAGCACCGACAGAAGAAACUCCAUGCAAGUGAUCAAAGUAGCGGCAGCCGGAAGAGUUGGGAGCUGUCCAAGGAGGUAGACAGUGCGCGAGAUGAGAAACUAAAUUCAGACAUUGAGAGUCUUCUCAAGGCAACAAUCCUCCCACGAAUUCCCGAUGCCCCAAAGACGUUUAAAUAUGACCCAGAGGCAGAACAAAAGGAGACGACACAGCGGGAAAUAGCUCUGCCACCAAAGGAGCGCGGGAAGAGGAUUUUCAAGUCAAAGAAUCGCAGUAAAUCCAAUUCAUCCGAAGUGGAGGAGGACAAAAAGUCACCAAGAGGAAAGUCCAGCAGAGAGUCAACGGAGGAUGAGAAACAAUCAAAUAAAGGGCAUUCACCGUCAAAGGAUCCCACGGAGAGUGAUCUCCAGAUUGCACAGACACUCAUUAAUCUCCCCGAUCACACACCCCCAUUGCCCACAGUCAAGGAGACGGGAAAUUCGCGAAAGAAUGAUUUUGAUUUUAGCGCCAGCAAGGAGACAAAUGCAGCGGAAGUUCUCAUGAAUUUGGGUAAUCUCACGGAGACACGAACAUCACCCACAAAGCACGAGGAGAAAAAGUCAAAGGGCGCUGGGAAUCGGGAGUACAGCUCUUCCGGGAAGAGUUGCCCCCCUGCGCAGACAAAGAUCAAACUGCCGGACAAUGUAACGGUGACAAAGGUGGUGAAGCCACCGCAAUCGUCGCCCAAUCACACAAAGAACCUCACGGAAGGACGUCAAGUUGAUGGGCAGUCAGAGAAUUCAGAGAGGGUGAAACUGAAGAAGGUUGUACCGAAGAAACGUAAACCAAAUAUCGAUGUUACGGAGGAAAUUGUCCUUCACAAGGCACCUGAGCCGAAAACUGUUGUCACGGUUCCAUCACCAGCUGCAUCUCCAAAGAAGAUCAUCAAGAUAAAGUCCCAGAUGAAGUCCCCAACGCAACCAGCAUGCCCCAAAACGGAGGAGAGUGUCUUUGAUAUAUCAAAUAUGCCAAUAGUCCUCACGGAUGAUGUCCUUCCCGUGAGGACAGUUGAGAAGUACUCAGUCAUUGUGCCCGAAGGCAAAACAAGCGCAACCACGUCAAAGAGUCCAACAACAACAACAACGAGCAAUGGACGUGAACAGGGGCGUGUGUUGAAGGGUGAAGAGGUGGUGGUGAGUAGUAAGUCGGCGCUUGUGAAGAGAAUUAAAUUGUUGGGGAAUCAGAAGGAGCGAAGUGGCAGCAGUAGCCCUGAAGUGGGUAGUUCAGCUGUUCACAAAUUGGCAACUGAGAGAAGACUGAUAAAGCUACCGCCGAAGAAGGAGGAGAGGAAGUUGCCAACAACGAGUAUUGGUGUUGGUAGUACAGUUGUCCUUGUGCCACAGAGCAAAGUUCCCGGACAACCACUCUCCCCCACGAAGAUUAUCUACUCAAGUGGGAGCUUUAGCACCGCAGCAACCACGUCAGCUGCCGCAAAUCCUCCUGUGACACUCAAAAUAUCCAAACCACAGGUAAUUCAGGGGAAAUCUGGUGGACAAAUAGUGAUCACGAGCAAGGGGAAGGUGAUCACGAAGCAGAGUGAUAUGAUAACGACAACAGCGUCAAAAGUCACGGAAGUGUCGACAACAUUCAAAAUGGCUGAAGGUUCCAAAAUGUCGGCAAAUCCGGCAAAGUUGAUCAUAAAGUCUCCCGCGAAGAUUCACGUUCAAUCGCAGGAGAUCAUCUACAAGCCCCCCAAGGAGAUCGCAGCAGCAAAGACAACGGCGAGCCUUCAGCCGCCAAAGGCAGUGGAAGUUGUGGGGAAGGCUGAUGGGGAAUCUCAGAAGAAGGUUUUGAGGCGAAUUAAGAGGCCACGAAGGCUUGAGAUUGUUGAUCACACUGCCAGUCAUUCGGGUACAAAUACUCAAACAAUUGUCGUGCAGGAAGUCCCCCCGUUGGCACCAAUUACCACGGAAAGUCUCACGAGUAACUGCGUGAAGAAGGUGGUGUCCACAGCGGCGUCAGAUGAUGCAGCAACGACGCUCCGACUGAAGACAUCAGCUCCCAAAUCACCGGUUAAGAGCAACAAGCAAACGCAGGAGAAGAUUGAGAGUGGCAGCAGUGUGAAGGCUGGUAGUGGGAGCACAGAUGUGACACGCGCUGUUGCUGCAACGAGGGAAAAAUCCGAGAAGGUUACAAUGGCAGCUGAGGGUCCAGGACUCUGUCCGAGCCUGCCCAAUCCCGAGAGUACAUCGAACAUUCAGGAUAGUCAAUUGCUAGCAAUUCCCGGAGAGUCAUUCGGUGGCCCAGCAAAUUCCUUCUUCCUCUGCACCCUGGAAAAUGGGACAUUCACACCGAUUGACAAUCAACCGCUUUACUUGGAUGCAUCCAAUCAGCUCGUCCCGCAUCCUCCGGAAGCAUCAGCAGCAGGUGGUGGUGAGAGUGAUGCUGAGCAGCAGGGACAAGAUGCCAUAGUUGAGCUUCAGGAGAGUGAUCAAAUUGUCGUUGAGAGUGACGUUGUGUCGUCCGACGGGGCGGAGACAAAGUAUGUCCUGAGCACGGGCAAUGGGCAGCAAAUAUUGCUGGAUCAGCAGAGUCUCCUGGCCAUUGCAGCGGGCGAUAUGCAGCGACUUGUGACACCUGAGGGGCAAGAGUUGAUCCUUCAGGGAUCCUCGCAGGAUAUUUUGUCCUCAAUUACGCUGAAUCAGACCGAAUUGGGCAUUCUCACGGAUGGGCAGCAAAUUAUUGUUCCCGACGGGAUGGCCAAUUCACCGAAUCAGGACAUUCUGGCAGCUGCCCUAGCGGGAACCGAAGUCUUCCCGCAGGACAAUCUCAUUGCUGAUGUUCCCCAGAUUCCAGCUGCAAAUCCGGCUCAAGUGUCGGAGACGAAUGCAGUUCUAACGCAACCACCAAUCAUGUCAACGCUAGAAGUGCCCACAAAAACGGAAAAAAUUGCCCCGAAAGUUACGCUUGAAAGUGGAUUUUCAGCACAAAAUCUGGACGAUAGUUUAGCUGUGAUUGGGGUAAAGGGGCACCAGACAAAUGUCCCUACAUCCCUUGAGUUGCCCAUCACAGUGACAAAUCCGGCAAUUGCACCGAAAACAACGAAGUCCCCAAUGAGUCUCACCUCAAUCUAUUUGCCACCUGUGACGACGACUGCAUCGCAAAUUUCUCCAUCAAUUCCCAUUGUUGAGGAGAUUUUUUCAGCGGCUAAUAAUGUGUUGGAUCUGUAUCAGGCUGGUGGGGAGGAGGAUGAAGAUCAGGCGACGAAGGAAGUUGAAGUUGAGACGACGGAAAAGGUUGCUGCGGUGGAGGCGCUUGAUGAGGAUAUAAUUGAGGAGACAGCGGUGGAUGAGACAUCAGGUGAGGUGGAUUCCAUCAAUGGGAAUGACAUUGUUCCCGUAACUCCGGAAUCACUGACAAAUCACGAAGAGAAUCCCACGGAGAUGUCCUUCAACGAAGACGAUGGGAAUAGUUCGCAUUCAAGUGAAAUUCCCAUUCAACCAGAUUUGAUUUUGCGUCCGGAAGACUUCACGCAGGACGAUCCAAGCGAUACGCCAAUGGUGGGGGAGGAAGAGUGUGAGGCAACGGUGUCGCAUCUCCUUGAGAAUCUAACGACAACAAACUCCGUAGCAGCGGGAUGUGCUGAUUCUAUGAAUCAGAACUCAUCUUGUGGGAAUAACAGAGAAUCCACCGAGGAUAUGAGCUAAUGUGGAAUAAUGUUCGUUUCUUCUUUGCUGCUGGGUGAGCUGGUGCAGAGAACUUGUGCAAAUAUGUAAGUCGGACAAAGAGGAAAUUCAAAAAGGAUUCAUUACUUGGUAAUUUUAUUCUAAAAAAUAUUAUUUUUCAUGGAAGAAUAAUUUGCCCAAAGGGCAGAACAGCUUAUUCUCCCCCCAAGAAACUCCCUCGUCUGCAUAAAAAAAUCUAUCAGUGGACCUUCUUUUGAGUAUAGAAUUUAGGUGUGGCGAUAGUGAGAAGAAGCCCCCAAGGUAUAUAAAUAGUUGUAGAUUUAUCGUACACCCCUUCCCUCCCUCCCCCCCCAAACUCUACUACAUAUUGCUAUGUAUAAUGUAAAGUUACAAAAAAAUGCCCAAUGAAAAAAAAUACACAGAAUUUUAAAAGUUUAACAAACAUUGGACAACUCUUUAAGUUUAAUUUAUAUUUUAAAAAAGAAAAUUAAAAAGAAAAAAUUAGGAAUUUUUGCAUGAAAGAAAUGCCCUCAAUUUGAAUUAUUGUAAUUUAUUUUACAAGGAAAAAGAAUGAAAAUUUUUACAUUAGAUAUCCCCAUUCUUCUAUUAAAAAAAAACAAUUACAAGUUAGUAGAAAUUAUUUCUUUUGGAGAAAAAUAACAAAGAAAUAAAAAAGCUAUAAAUUGAUAAAAAAUCACUCGAGAUAAAAAAAACUCCAAAUGAUAGUGAAUUACACAAUAUAGUUUUUAUGUGACAGUCUAUUUUUGGUUAGAAAGAAUAUAUAUAUUCAUUGAUUAUUCAAACAUACAAAAAAAAUGUAACCAUUUAUAAGAAAAAUAAAGUAAAUUUUAAAUAAGAAAUAACUAAUAAAUCUAAA